AUGGAAGGGAUGCUGGAGAUGGAGGCCCAAAGGCUGGAAGAGCAGCUGGAGCUGGAGAGGAGACAGGUCAGAAGGAACAGGUUGCAGCUGGUGUCUGCAGUGGCCCAGUGGAUAGUAUUGCUUUCCUGCUUGGUCUACUUUGGUCUUGGUUUCCUGCAUCCCCCUACGACUCCAAAAUCCCAGUGGAUCGAAGUUGCAGCCACAGAUUACGUCCCCAAGGAGAAACGCAUCAAUAUCUCUUGGAAUCGGGGCACCAUGAACGUCAGAAACCUCUCCAUCCCGAUCUACUGUGAUGGCUUCUACCUGGUCUCCCUGAAGGGAACUAUCAGGGCAAUGCCCCAGAGGAAUGCCUCACUGAGCCUUAAGGUGUACAAGCGGUCCGAUGCGUCCAUCUUGUGUGUGAAGGUCACAGAGGAGGUAGUAGAUUCGGUGACAGUGUCCGAGAUGCGGUUUAAGGAUGAAGUCUACUUGGAGGCCAACAGAGAUGCCAACUACAAAGAUUUGACACUGGGCCUCUUCUUACUGACUCCUCGCUCACACUGCUUACCAGACGCAUAUAAAAUGUAA